AUGGGUGCGUCAUCUAAAGCGGAUCGAUUGAAGGAAGUGAAAGUUAAGCCACCGGAUAAAAGUGCUGCUGUCCGGUACGUUAGGACUGAAGUGCAUGUGAAAGAUCUAGUUCCCCCUGGGGUCAUUGAUCAGUCCUCAGCUACGAUUUAUAAAGCUCGUCGUAAGCCAAGUGCUUCUGGAGCUGUUGCUUCGGGGAUUGGAAAAGUUGAAUGGAAAAUGGAGGGGAAAGCUUUCAGAGUGAAGAACAGAGCUCGGAAAAUUGUGGAUGGGAUAUCACCGAUGGAUGCAAAGGAAUACUACACUGAAGAAGCUAAUGAGGAGGAAACGGAAGAUGACUCGGAGUCUGUAUCGGCCUGGGAGUCGGAUUCUAAUAGUUCAAUUCCUGGAAAUGAUAGCAAUAUGAAGGGGUUGAAGGAUGGGGGUUUUGGUGAGCUGAAGACUAUUGGAGUUCAAGUUGUCUCUAUUCCUUCAGGUAAUACUGCUAAUUUGUUGAAAAAUUGGGAUGGUUCUAAGGUGAAUGAUGAAUUAUUGAGCCCUAGUUCGGAAUUGAAGAGUGUUACUAGUGAAAUGAUUAGGGUGAAUCCUAACAUUGCUGUGAUUGAUGUCAAUAAACCUGUAUGCCCUGAGUUGGUUGAUGAUGAAGUUAAGAAGUCUAGAUCUAAUGGUGAUAAGAAGGUUAUCAGUAAUGAAGAAUUUAUUCCGGGAGUUGGCUUUCAAUUUCUUAAUGAGUUGAAGGUGGAAAUACCUAAUAGGAAGGAUUUAGAUAGUAAGUUGAAUCAGGAAAUGGAUGUCGAUAUGUCAAAUUUGAAUAAGCAAGUUAAUGAGGAAGGAGAUGAUUCUGAAGAUGAUGGUUCUUCUGAAGAGGAUGGGGAAGAUGAAUCUAGUGAGGAUGAGUCUAGUGAAGAUGAGGAAAUUGUGAUGGAAGAGGAGGUUAAUACUAAGAUGAGUAAAGAGCCUAGUUUAAAGAUGAAGUCUGGUACUGUUAUUAAUAGUAUUAAUAUGCUUCCUUCUAUUUUGGGUGAUGCUAAUAGUUGUAAAAAGGUGGAUGGUGAUAGUCAGGGGAACUUGUUGAACUCUUAUGCAGGUGUGUUAAAAGGUAAUAGACAUAAGGGUAAGAUUGAUGUCAAGUUUAUUCCAGGGGAAAAAGGCAAAGAAGAAGGACCUGUUAUUAUCCCGAUUGAGAAUUUAAAGAAAGCGAGUAUUCCAUAUACUAAUACUUUAUAUGGGUAUAUGAUUGAUAAGAAGUUAGCGUUUCCUGUGAUUCAGCAAGAGGGGAUGUUAUCUAUAUUGGAGGGAAGCCCAUGGUUGAUGUUCAAUAAUAUGCCAUUAUUUCUUCAAAGGUGGAGACCAGGUCUGAAAUUAACCAAGAAUAGUCAUGAUAAAAUUCCGGUGUGGAUCAAAAUCUUUGAUUUACCUUUGGAAGUAUGGAGUGGAGAGAAUUUGUGUAUUAUAGCGAGUAAGUUGGGGGUGCCUCUGGCUUUUGAUUCUUUUACUGAGGAGAUGUGUUUGGAACACAAGGGUAGAAACGCUUAUGCUCGAAUUCUUGUUGAAAUGGCGGCUGAUAAGGAAUGGAUGAGGAAAAUUGAGGUUUCUACUUGGGAUUUUGUUACUAAUUCUGCUGUGGUUCAGAGUUUUGAUGUGGAGUAUGCUUGGAUGCCUUCUAGAUGUAAUCACUGUAAGGUUUAUGGGCAUACGGAUAAAGUUUGUUUGGCAGCUUUGAAUGAAGAGAAAGUGGUAAAGAAUGGGGAUAAUGGGAACAAUAAGAGAAAUAAAGGGAAGGAAAUGGUUAAUGAUGAUGGAUUUACGGAGGUUGUUUAUAAGAAGGUUGCAGGAAAUAAUGAUGGUGAAGGUACUAGUAAAUCUAAGGAGGGUCAUGCUCAAUUGUAUAAUCAAAGAUAUAGUGGGAAGAAUGGAAAUUUUAACAGGGGAAAUAAUUUCAGAGGCAAUUAUGGGAAUAGAGGUGGUAAUGGAAGGGGACAGAAUGGGAAUUGGAAUAAUAAAGGGGUGGGUCAUUGGAAUUUGGAAAAGAAUAGAAGAUAUGAGAAGUUUGUUAAUGGUCAGGCUUUGGUUGGUAAUCAGGGGAAAAUGGAGAAUAAGAUGCAGGGGAAUGCUAUAAAGGAUGAUAACAUAAAAGUGGGUGUUAACAAGAGUCUAGAAAAUAAGACUGUUUCUAGUGAUGGUUGCAGUAUUAAAAAUAGUUUUGAAAUCCUGGGAAGGAUUGAUGAGGAAGUUAUGGAUAGAAUGGAAGAGGAUGCUAAGGGAGGCAAAGUUGAUGGUUAUCAGGAAGGUGAUUGUGUUGAUUAUUCUUCUGAUGUUGUUGGAAUAAUGAAUAAUAAGUUGGAUCCUUCUAAGUUUGUUGGGAAGGGUAAUGUAGGGAAUGAAAGUAAUAAAAUGAAGAAUAGUAUGAUGGUUCAGGGGAAUAGUAAAAGCAAAGAUGGGAUUUCUCAGGCAUUUGAGGAGAAGGAGGUUAUUGAUGUUAUUAGGAGUAAUAACCUUGGUAUAUGUGCUGUGGUGGAGUCUCAUGUCAAGGUCUUAAAUCUUAAGAAUGUUUGUGUUAAGACCUUUGGUCAAUGGGAUUGGGUUUCUAAUAAUAGUAGCUGUGAGGCUGGAACUAGAAUAAUUGUUGGAUGGAAUCCAAGACUUUUUGAUGUGAUGGUGAUUUCUCAGUCUAGACAAGUUAUUCACUGUUAUGUUAGAUUCUGUGAUUCCAAUUAUAGCAUGUAUUUGUCUUUUAUAUAUGCUGCUUCGAAUUAUCUUGAGAGAAGGUUAUUAUGGGAUAAUUUGAAGAAACAUAGUUUGGUUGUUAAGAAGGAAGCAUGGGGAAUAUUAGGUGAUUUUAAUGUUGCUUUAAAACCAUCGGAAUAUUCUGAAGGUUGUUCCAAAACGCCUAAAGGAGUUGAUGAUUUUAUUGACUGUAUAAACUUUAUUGAAGUUGAGGAUCUGAAUUCCUCUGGGUUUCAGUUUACUUGGAAUAAAACUCCUGCUGGGAAUAAGGGCCUUUUGAAGAAGUUAGAUAGGGUGAUGGCCAAUUUGAAAUUUGUUUCGGAUCAUCCUUUAGCUCAUGCUGUUUUUAAACCUUAUAGGGUGUCGGAUCAUUGUCCUGCUAUUUUAAAUGUUCCUGUUGGCAAAUUGAGAUGGAAACCUUCUUUUAGGUUUGCUAAUUUUAUCACUGAAAAGGUGGAGUUCUUACCCCUGGUUAAGGAAGUUUGGGAUGCUAAUAUUGAAGGUUUUUUUAUGUUCAAAGUGUGCCAAAAGUUGAAGAUUCUUAAAAAGCAUUGUAGGGAGCUUUGCAAUAAGCACAGGGGUUCUGGGAAGAGAAUCCAAAUGUUAAGAAAGGAGUUGGAAAGUAAACAAUCUGAAAUUGAUCUUAAUCCUUUUGAUUGUAAGAUUAGGGAGGAGCAUACUAAUAUUCUUUUUGAUUUUAAUGUUGCUUGUAAUGAUGAAGAAAAGCUUCUUUUCCAGAGAUCUAAGAUAAAUUGGUUACAGGAAGGGGACAAUAAUACAAAGUUUUUUCAUAGAGUUGUGAAGAGCAGGGGCAAUAGAAAUCGUAUUCUGAUGGUUAUUGAUGAAGAUGGAAGAUGGGUUAGUGGGAAGGCUAUGAAGGAUAAAUUUGUUACUCAUUUCAAUAAGUUUUUGGGUUGUAAAGAUGUUACUGAGUUUUCGUGUUUAAAUGAUGGUUUCUUUCAUAAUAAAUUGGAUAGUAGGGUGGCUGCUAAUAUGAUUAGAGUGGUGACUGAUGAAGAAAUCAAAGUGGCGAUGUUUGAUAUUGAUGAAAAUCGUGCCCCUGGACCUGAUGGGUACUCCUCCAAAUUUUUUAAAAGUUCUUGGAACAUUGUUGGGCCGGAGGUGUGUAAAGCUGUGAGGGAAUUUUUUUGGACUGGUAAAUUGUUGAAGGGGAUUAAUGCUACGAGAAUAGUGCUGGUUCCUAAAGUGGAGUUCCCGAGGAAAGUUUCUGAUUUCCGUCCUAUAGCCUGCUGUAACACUUUAUAUAAGUGUAUUAGUAAGAUUAUAGUGAACAGAAUUAGAAAUAGUUUGGGUGAUAUUGUGAGCAAAAAUCAAUCAGCUUUCAUUCCUGGAAGAUCUAUUGUGGAUAAUAUUCUCCUUGCUCAGGAGCUGAUGGUGGGGUAUAAAAAUAAGAGGGGAGUUCCCAAAUGCACCAUAAAGAUUGAUAUUCAAAAGGCAUAUGAUACGGUGGAUUGGAAUUUUCUUAGUAGAAUUCUGCAGGGGUUUGGUUUUCAUACGAUAAUGAUUCAGUGGAUUAUGGCUUGUGUUUCUACUCCUUGGUUCAUGCUUAACUUUAAUGGUGAAGAUCAUGGGUAUUUUGAAGGAAAGAGGGGUCUUAGGCAGGGUGAUCCUCUAUCUCCUUACCUAUUUACUAUAGUUAUGGAGGUGUUUAAUAUCAUCCUUUUGAAGAAAAUUGAAGCUGGCCAGAAUUUUAAGUUUCAUAGUAAGUGUAUGUCCCUUAAAAUUACUCAUUUAUGCUUUGCUGAUGAUUUGUUAGUUUUUUCUUAUGGAAAUGGGAAUUCUGCUAGAGUUAUAAGGGAUGCUCUUGAUGAGUUCAAAAAAGUUUCAGGGUUGAAGGUGAGCAUGGAAAAAAGCCAGAUUUUCUUCAGUUGUGUUAAACCCAAUAUGAGAAGGAUUAUCUUGGGCAUUCUUCCUUUUGAUAUUGGGAGAUUUCCUUUUAAGUAUUUGGGAAUUCCUAUGUGUGUUACAAAAUUAUUUGAUAGAGAUUGUAAACAGCUUAUUGAGAAGAUUAAGAUGAGAAUUUUCAAUUGGAAAAGCAAGGCUUUAUCGUUUGCUGGAAGGCUGCAGCUCAUUAAUUCUGUUUUGACAUCUAUUCAUGUGUAUUGGGCUUCGAUUUUUAAAAUUCCCAUUGCUACUAUUAAAGAGAUUGAAAAGCUUUGUAGAAGUUUCUUGUGGGCGAAUGGUGAGGUAGUCAAAGGGAAAGCUAAAGUCAAGUGGAAUGAUAUUUGUAAGCCGAAAAUUUAUGGUGGUUUAGGAGUGAAGAAUUUAAGGAAAUGGAAUGAUGCUUUGUUAGCUAAACAUGUGUGGAAUGUGAUUAAUAGCAAAAAUUCUCUGUGGGUUCAGUGGGUGAAAUCCAAUUACAUUGGAAACAGGAAUUUUUGGGAUAUUUUGCAGAAGAAGAGUAUGAGCUGGACUUGGAAGAGGUUCCUUGAGGUGAGAAAAAUUGUUAGGCCCCAUGUUGUUUCGUGUGUGGGAAACGGGAUGAAUACUUCUCUCUGGCAUGAUUGGUGGCACCCAAUUGGUAUUUUAUGUUCUAUUAUAUCUAGAAGAGAUUGGGUUAGCAAUGGGUUUAGUGAUUCUUCCUUGGUCAGUGAUGUUCUAGUCUAUGAUUGCUAUACUUGGCCGGUUGAGUGGGUUAAUAUAUUCCCUGGAUUGAAGGAUGCUCCCAUGUUUUGUAUUGAGCCUAAUCUGAGGGAUGUUGUAGGUUGGAGAGAUAAGAAAGGAAUAUGUAAACAAUUUUCAUGCAAACAGGUGUGGUGUGAUAUAAAUAAUUUUGGAGACCAAGUUCCUUGGCAUGAUAUUGUUUGGUAUGGUAAUUGCAUUCCUCGAAAUUCGUUUAUUUUGUGGAUGGCUAUUUUGAAUAGAUUGAAGACCCAGGAUCGUGUCAAAGGUUGGGAAGUUUCUGGUAACUUACUUUGUCCUUUUUGUGCUGUUACUCCUGAUUCACAUGUUCAUCUCUUCUUUAAAUGUGAUUAUUCUCAACUUAUUUGGAGUUUGUUGGUUGGUGGCUAUUGGUUUUGGGGUUGGCAUAAAAGGAUGUUUAACUUUGGUGAUCUUAAUGCUGUGGAUUGGUGGGGGCAUUUUUGGAAUAAGUUUCUUUACAAAGGAAUUGACGGAUUGUGUUACUGGUUUGAGAGUUUGCUCUCAAAUCAUGUGACUUGUACCUAUGGGAUUUUCUGUUUGGAUAUGAUCUUUAUUGAGAUUAUCCAAAUGGAGAAUCCUAGACAUGUGAUUGAUGCCAUGUCUAGUAUGAAACUUGUUCUGAUUUCUUGGAGUUUUGGUGUUAGUUUGUUGUGGUUUGGCUUGUGCUUGAUAUGCAGGAAUUUUUUGCAAAGGUCGGGUUUGGAUCAUGUUUGCAAGCAGAUGGAGUCUUUUCUGUUGAAGACUAAGUGGAGGAUUGAUGAGAGGAGAAGUGACAGAAGAUGCGGGAUUGAUAAAUUGAUGGGGGAGUAUUGUGGUUUUGUUGGGUUUUUUCUUAAAGCUUGGCCUUCGGACUGUGGGUUUUUUUAA